CUUUUAAACUUCCUCCAACCUCCUCGAUCCCCAAACCGAUCCCGAUCGACCUCCCACAUUUCCCUUCAAAUUUCACCAAAAAUGCUGAAUUCCUUAGCUUCUGGUUGCUAGAUCGGGUUUCGAACGCCUGACAUGGAGAAAAACUUCAAGAUCAAGCUCCUCUUAGGUUUUCUCUGCUCCUUCGUUCCGCUCAUUUUGGUUGCAUUGUGUUUCCUCCUCUGUAAAAGAAUGAUUUUCCGGAGCAAAAGCGAAUCCUCGGAGAUCGGCGGUGAGAUCGGCACUCCGGCGGGAGAUUUGGAGCCGGAGGACCUCAUGAAGUUCGCCGGGGGUGAGAGCUUGACGGUGCACGACAUCUUGGACGCGCCGGGGGAGGUUGUGGCGAAAUCGGGCUACGGGACGCUGUACAGGGCCAGCAUCGAGCAGACUGGCGCGGUGGUGCUGCUUCGCUUUGUUCGGCCUGCCUGCUUGGCGCGGACCGAGGAAGUGCUUCCGGCGGUCCGGGCGCUGGGGGCGAUCCGGCACCCUAACGUGGUUCCGCUGCGGGCGAUGUACGUCGGGCCGCGAGGAGAGAAGCUCUUGGUCCAUCCCUUCUACGCCGCUGGGUCUCUGAAGCAGCUCUUGAGAGCUGGUGUUGCAGAAGCACACCGAUGGGAUAUCAUUUACAGGAUAUCUAUCGGCAUUGCCAAGGGAUUGGAUCAUCUCCACACGGGACUGGAGAAGCCUAUUGUGCACGGUAACCUCAAGAGCAACAACAUUUUGAUUGAUGUCGAUUACCUGCCUCGCCUCUCGGAUUUCGGCUUGCACCUCAUCUUGAAUCCCUCAGCGGCGCAGGAGAUGCUCGAAGCCUCUGCAGCUCAGGGAUACAAAGCCCCCGAGCUGGUCAAGGUGAGAGAUGUCAGCAAAGAAACCGACAUCUAUAGCUUCGGAGUGAUCCUCCUGGAGAUGCUCACUCAGAAGGAUCCUGUCAACAACAGCAAAUUCUUGCACUCCAAGGAUUUUCAUUUGCCCAGUUCCCUGCUAAAUUUAGCUCUCGAGCACAGAAUCUCAGAUGUUUUCAACCCUGACCUGCUUAACCAUAGCAUUGAUCAAAACUCCACCAAUGAACAAGGUGUCUUGAUGUUGUUCCAAUUGGCAAUGGCUUGUUGCUCCUCCCAGCCUUCUGGAAGACCAGAAAUCAAGUUCGUCAUCGCUCGGCUCGAAGACAUUGGUGACCGAUCGUCAAAAUAGCAAUGCACUCUUAUUGUUGCCAUGAAGAAAAGGCAAGAUCUUUGAUUGCUUCAAACAGUAGACUUGUUCAUAGAGCCAGGAAGAAAUGACAAAAUCCUUUAUUGAUUGAAACAGUGACAGGUCUGUGUCACUUGUAUCUCGGGACGUGGUCUCCGCUCUCCAGUGCACCGCCAGAGAUACCAGUAUGGCCUAUAAGAUUUGCAAACUGAGUUCUAAACAUGUAUCUGAAAUUUUACAGUGAAAGUCGGACCCAGAGCCUACUGCUCUUUAAAUGCAAGAAUUAGAACCGUGGGCUCAUUUUGCAGGACACGACGAGCUGUAUACUUGCAGAUGACAACAGAGUGCAAUAACAUUACACCGGAGGCUGCAUUGAUUGGUCAAUAAAACCUUCUCAGUGGCUGCUGCAACAAAGAAUCAUUUCUUUAGUUGCUAGGGAGUAGGGACAACUACACAGAAGGCACUCGAGAAUUCUGCUUAUUUGAUUAGAAAGAAGAACAUAAUUCAAGGAUUCAGCUUUUGUCUCUAGUUUCUGCUUUUUGAAGUGUUGCAUCAUUGUCUUACUGCAUGCUACGAGGAAAAAGCAGGAGCGUUGCAGAGAUUCCCUGUUACUCGAUACAGAUUUGAAUGGGCCACACAUGAGAAUGCAUCAUUGAGUGGUCUGAACCAUCAACUCCACUUCAUUCAUCAGCUCACGUGAAGCAAUCAUGUACACUGCAACAGUCACUCUGUAUAUCAUCAGAACUGCUUGUCACUAUUCCCAAUCACCUAUUCAAGUUGAUCUAACAACGCAUUCCAAUUGGCAGGCCUUGAACAUCAGAACCCUGUGGCACACCAGCAGAUAUCAAAUAGGUUACAGUAAAUUUACUGCAUGAAAAGUCGUGGCAAAUUAAGAUAAUUCAGCUGGAGAAUGUUGGUGGUUGGAAAUUUAGUUCUUUUACAUUAAUUUACUUGAGAAUAUUAUUUUGCAACA